UGUAUUUGAUAUUUUUUGACGUUUGGAGUUUUGGAGAAAUCUGUUUUCAUUUUCCUUGAUAUAAGUAAGAGCAAUAUUGGAGGUUUUUGUGCCUUUUGUAGAGUCAAUCUUGGCUACGAAGAAAAAAAAGUCAAAUAAGUUCUUUCCAGAAUCAACGAUUAUUUUUGUUUAGAAACCUACCCAAGCUGGAGGAGUAUAACAUCAUAAUCAGGUGAUAGGAACAGAAAUGUCCCUGAUUACAGAAUUUGGAGAGGAAGUAAUCUAUUUGUUUAUAACUGCUGCUGUUAUAGUUAUCGGUUACUUUGCAUGGCUGUCAACCGGUGUCUCAGAGAGAAAUCUAAGAACAUUGUUCAUGGUCAAUAGAAGAAUUAGGAUCCGCCGAAGACUAACAAAUCACACACAAGCAGAAACGAUUCAAGAAGGAACUGACGUGUCAGAAACAAUGCCUGAAGAAGAUUCGAAUCCAGAAAUGAUUCCGAAUUCCGAACAAGCGGUUUCUGUUGCCAAACCAGAAGCAAGUACAAGCAAUCCUGAAGGAUCUGAAGAGGCGAUUAUUGAAACCAUGGAUGCCAACACUAAUGAACUGAGGCAAAGAAAAAAUAAUGAGUGCACUAGUUCCUCGAAAAACGUUGAUUCGACUUCGACUAAUUCGUGUUCCAAAAAUGAAGAUACUAACGACAAAAAAUAUGAUAUUACCAUUAAACUGAAAUUUCUGAACGACGAUCUGAAGAGUGUUGAUGGAAAUUUGAAAGAAUCUCUAGACGAUUUCAAAAAGAGACAUUUCCAACUCGAACUUUCAGAAAACAAAGUAGUAAAGUUGAUAUACAAAGGACACGUUCUCCAACCUGAUACGCAGACUUUGAGAACGUGCGGCCUCGAGGACGAUUGUGUUGUCCAUUGUCUCAUUCACAAUAAAAAAUCGUCCCCCAGUGAACCGCAAAUCCAUGAGAGUCCGAGGGAGGGGUAUUCCUUCGGGGAAAAUAAUUUACCUCCUUCUGCGGAAAAUAAUAAUCAAAUCAGGGAAUGGGAUUUAGGAAGCUUGCUGUUUGCAAUGGUCAGCUUGUUUUUAUUGCUGGCUUGGUAUUUCAGGUACGUUUAUGCCCAUAUGUACACAGUGACAGCGACAAUAGGCCUGAUUUUGGUCACGGGCAUAUUUUCCAUAGUUGUUGUCGGCACGUUGUUUCCUAACGAUGAGGUCCAUGCUACUCCCCUUGUCGAAAUAACAUUAGAAAGGGGGCAACAGCAGCAAUAAUUUAAAGUUUGGUAUUCUAUAUCAAUCUCAUACUCCUUGAUUGACCACUGCAUUGUCUAUGUCAUAGUUUUAACGAAAGAUUAUGUAAAGUAUAUAUAUUUUUUAAGCUGA